AUGGGGUAUAAGUGGCCCAUGUGCCCAUUGGAGACAUCUUCCUUUGCAGCCUUCCGUUUGAAGACAGAGAUCAAAUCCAUCGAAUUACUUCCGGGAACGUCAUUAUCUGUAGAUAAAUCUUCAGAGGAGAGAUAUGUUAUGGAAGUCGGAUAUACAAUGCCAAUUACAGAGGGGAUUUAUGAAGGGAGGGUGCUAAGAUUCAAGAUAAAGAUUCCCCAUGCAUAUCCAUUCAAACCACCAAAGCUCCUGUGUCUAGAUAAGGUGUUCCAUCCAAAUAUCGACGAUGACGGAAAUGUUUGCAUGGAGAUUUUGAGGCUAGGAUGGAGACCUACUCAUGGGUUAGAGAGUGUAUUUGUCAAUCUUUAUGUUAUAUUUGUUGAGAUUACUGGAGAAGAUGCACUAAACACAUUGGCAGGAGAUUUGCUCAGAAUGGACUACGAGAGGUUUGUAAGGAUUGCAAAAGGCCACGAAAAAUUAUAG